UGGAGGAGGGAGUGUGAGUUAUCACAGAGCAGCACACAGCUGCUCAGUAGUGUUGUGGUGGGUGCUCCUGCUCCCGUUCUCUUCACUUGGUGGCAGACCCAUAACUGAUGUGAAGCUGCAGACACCUUUGGAUGUUAUGUCGAGGCAGAGACAGGAAGGUGGCAUUAACUUGCCUGAUAUUAUACAGACUAAAGCAUUCAAGAUCGUGAAUUCUGAAGGGCGUCAUGCACUAUUUUAUAUUUUUUCCAUUGCGUGUCCCAAAAAAGUGGGAGAAAAUUUGAAAGAUUAUUUUAUUAAUGUAGGGAAAAUGGAAGAAGGUGAUUUCAUAAAAUGGUUUACAAAUGAUCAACUUGGGAAAAUUUGUGACAAUCCAAGUGGUAGUGAUUUUGAUAUUACAUUAUUAUGUAGAUGUUUGGGACUGCCACUGCCAGGAUUAUCCAAAUGUGGAAGUAAAGUCUGGUCUUCGAAAGAUGAAACAAAAUUAGAGUGGCUCAUAACUAAAAUCAAGAAUGAUCGCAAUAAUAUUUCUCACAUACAAGAAAUUAAAGAUGAACCUGAAUUAAUUGAAUUUGCAAACAAUGUAAAUAUUCUCUUAGACAAAACCUACAGACUGGCUGGUAAAAACUAUAAAUGUGAUAAGACUGAAGUGGAAAAUAAAAUUUUUGAAAUGAAGAAAAAAAUUGAUGAGAUUGUAAAUGCACCUUUAACAUUAGAUGAAUGUCAGUGGCAGAUAAUGAAAGACCUGAUAGUUCAGCAAGAAAAUCAUAUUCAGAGAGCAUCUGCAGGGCUUAAAGAAAAGUACAAAAUAAUUUCAAAAAUUCACCCAGCAUCUUUUAUCACUCAUGUGGAAUCUUUAAAGGUUCAGAGCAUAUACUCCAAGGUGGAGGUUGUGGAGGAGCAACAUGAAAGCAAGGAAACUAAAACUAUUGAUCAUGAUGGUUUGCUAGAGCUGAAAACUAAUGAUGAUCAAGUAGCAUCAGUUAUUAUAGUUGAAGGUGAGGCAGGCAUGGGUAAAACUACACUCAUCAAACUUAUUCUGGCAGAAUGGGCCAACUUACCAGACAUUCCUAAUACAGUUCGAGGCUUGGAUGAAUAUGAAUUAAUUCUUCACUCUGAAUGCAGAAAUCAGUCAAUAUCUACUUUUCUUGACCUUGUCCUUGUUCUCUUUGAUCAGUCUUCUGUCGUGCUGUCAAAUGAUGAACUGUUACGUGCAGUUUUGAAUAAAAAGUCACUAGUCCUGUUGGAUGGAGUGGAUGAGUGGAAUGAAAAUUCAAAGAAGCUUGCAUUUGAACUUAUAGGGAAGAGAAUACCAGAGAGUGGUGGCAAGCUUCAGUUGCUUUGCACAACCAGACCAGAGAAAGUAGAGGAAUUACUAUCCUGCCUUCAAUCCAGUCCUUGGAUACAUACCAGAAUCCAGGGAAUCCAUCCAGACAAACAAAAUGAGUUUGUUGUUAAAUUUAUGCAGGUUAUGCAUAAAAAUUAUGCUGAAAAAUCCUUUAAUCUUGACACUGAGAUACACAAAUUGAAAGAAUUUCUGAAAAAGUCUCAUGCUAAAAUGGGAGAACAGUUCAAGCUGCCUUUGAAUCUAGCCUUACUGACAUAUCUCUGGGUUAAUGAUUCUGACAGUAUAAGUAUGGUGACAACAGCUACUGAACUUUAUUCGGUAUUUCACGAUUUUGGACAGAGGCGCCUUCUUGAUAGACUUUUCCGACGUCAAGAUGCAAGGAAUAAAAAUGAGUGGAAAAAGCAAUGUGAUGGCUUUCUUUGCAUUUUGUAUAGAGAGUGCCUAAUUGCACUAUCUAGAGUUGCCAUGCAGAUGCCUAAGGAAUGUACAAAAAAAUUUGAAUGCUUUUGUAGUGAGAAAAACCUGCCUCUUUCAGAUAUAUUAGAAUGUUACAUGGAGGUGUACAGAGAGUGGGGUACACAUGGAUACUUGACAAUAUUAGCACCCCCACACAAGACUAAGCUUGAGUUCUUCUCUGCACAUGGAGUAAUUAAUGAGAUCUGUCUCAACCAAAAUGUUGAAGAAGUUUUAAAUAGCAUGGAAAGUGUUCUUGCAGAACAUGGUGUACCACAUGAUGUACAGGUAUCUAUUUUAGAAUUUGCCCAAAAAAAAAUAAUGUGUCAGAACAAAAAAACUAUUCUGGGGGUGUUGGAGGAUCUUCAUUCCUCUACCAGUGAUCUGGAUUUCAAGCGAUACCAGAACAUGCUUAUUAUGAUGGCUGGAAUUUUGUCAAAAGACCAUGAAAUGCAUCUCCAUAACUAUGGGUCAGAACUCCUUCAGCUUUUGAAGAACAGUGGCCUGAGCAGUUAUCAGUUCCUAAAUAUUGUGGCAGAGACAAAGAAUAAUAACUUCAUUGCUCAGAAAGUGUCGGAGAAACUUACAGAAAAGGUAAGGAAUACGUAUAAGUAAUUUUUUUUUUUGUAAGUCCCUUCUGGGACUUGGUGAAAUCAGUUAUCUUGGUACAUACACAACAGAUACGAUACAUGCACUUGUGUUCUCACUGGCUUGUACCUGUUCUCAGUUAAAUUUAAACCUUAAUGCAUCAGAAUGGCAGUUUUUUUUUUUUUUUGAGCUGCUUCAAGUGAAACAACUCUGGUAUUGUUCAUGAGUGACCAGUUUUGUUUACAAGUGAGGCAGAACCUUGCUUUACAUAUUUCAUACAUUUGAAUGUAUUAUACAGUAAUGUCCAGUCAGAAGCUUAACUGAUGUGCUGGCAAGUAAAAGAGCAUAAAUGCCAACCUGACCCAAAAAUAUUUUUUUAUUUCAUUCUGUUUUAUGUUUGUAUUUGUCUUGUGGUGGAGGGACAAACAAAACUGUCGCUGAAUUAUUGUCAAAAAUUUCCUUGAAAGUGAUAACUUCUCAACGUUAGGAUGUCACACCUGGUCUGUUGAGUCUCAGAUGCAGAAACAAUGAUAGGAACUGCCACUGGUGAUAAAUAUGGCAGGAAAGUGCCAGCAAACAAAAUAACAAUGUGGGAGCCAAUAUUGUUGGUCAGUAUAUUAACAUGCUUCAAGGUUUGUCUUCCCAUUACACUUAUUCCAGCUCACCUUAUGGGUAUUUCAUUGGUUUAUAGCAUCACUACCCCUUCAGGGUUUAGCACUUAAUUUGAUUAUGCAGUAAUACAAUGUUUACAUGUUGGUAAUAAUAAAAUACACCUACCAUCCGACUUACGACCGAGCUUGGUUUUGACCAACCGGUCGUAAGUUGAAAUGGUUGCAAGUCUGACAACACAAACAGUUGUUUGUUUGCAUACAAAACAUUUGCAUGCAUGAAAACAUACGAAAACAUUCAUAUGCAUGAACAGAAAAGUACAAAAUAACUUAAGCUAAGCUGUAAACAGUAUGGUCGUUAGUAUGAGUGGUCGUAUGUCAAGCAGGUUGUAAGUCGGAUGGUAGGUGUACUUUACUGAAAUACUAUUUUUCUGGCAUAUAAGCCACACCCUAAUUUUGGCAGACAUAUUUUUAGAAAAAUUAAAAUAUGCAUUACUACUAGGCCUAGUGAGUAAAUGCUGUUAAGCCGUCACGACUAACACUAAACAAAUCAAACAAACUAUUUCUGUAAUGUGGAUUAUUGUAUAAUAUACAAUUAGGAUAAAUGACAUGCAUAAACUAUAAAAAGCCUCUUUUUAUGCAAGGUAUUUUAGGCAGCCUAAUUUGAUACAAAAAAUGCCUUUCUAGAAGUAAGAGUUGAAGAAAGGAUAGAACGAAAACAUGGGCAAUACUGGAUGAAAGACAGGGUUUCAGGAUUUGUUCAGUACUGUAUAAUAAGUUGUCAGGAUCACAUUAAGGUAAGGAGGUGUUUUUUUAACAGUAACUUUGAAGUGGCUUGCAGAUAGAGAGAGACUGGAAUCUUCAGGCAAAUAUUUCCAGAUUUUAGGUCAUUUUAUGCACAUUGACAUUUGACAUGGGGUGAGUUGGACUUGAUGAAUAUCAGAGAUUUUUGUCUAUGCCUAUGAGUUCUGUUACAAGUAUAAAAGAUAAAAAGAUAAAGAUUUUAUUUCUGUGUAAAGGGUACAGUGUGUAAUUAUAGUUUUGAUUUGUUAAGUACAAAGAAAGCCACCAUCAUGCAGACUAAUCCUAAUACUUCUUAAAAACUACUUAAGUCUAGACAUGAUAUGAGUGGUUAUCUUUUUAAUAAAUCUGUAUUUUAUCUUGAUACACUAAUGCAAGGUAGUCAAAUGUGGAAGUUUAUAAGAAUAAUAUAGUGGACCCCCGGUUAUCAUAAUUAAUCCGUUCCAGAGUGUGACUAAAACUGAACUUGACGAUAUCCCAAUUCAUUUUCCCCAUAAGAAAUAAUGUAAAUCCAAUUAAUCUGUUCCAGACACCCAAAAGUAUUAAAAAAAAUAUUUUUUUUUUUACAUGAAAUAUACAUUUACAGUGGUACCCCGAGUUUCAGCCAUAAUUCGUUCCAGAAGGCUGUUCGAGUGCCAUUACCGAACGAUUUUGAUUAGAUUAGUCCAUUGCAGACCCCCAAAAAUACACUUACAAAAGCACUUACACUGUACGAAACUCGGGAUGCCACUGUACCUACACAGAAAACAAUGAGACAUGAAGAAUAAACGAUAAUAACAUGAUACGUACUUACCUUUAUUGAAGACUUGUUGAUGUAUGGAAGACAGGAGGAGGGGAGAGGAUGGAGGAGUUACUAUUGUUUGGAAGGGGAAUCCUCUUCCAUAAAAGGCUUCAGGUACCAAGUCCUUUUCUGGGGUUACUUCCCUUCUUUGCUUUUUAAUGCCACUAGGACCAGCUUGAAAGUCACUGAACCCCUGUUGCUCAAAAUUUUUUCCAGAGAGCUCUGUUUCUGGCAUUUCUUUAAAAUUUCCCUACAAUGGGACACAACAUUGUCAUUGUACAUGUUGCCAACACAGCCUGCAACAGCUUUGUCAGGGUGAUAUUCAUCCACAAAUGUUUGCACCUCACUCCACUUUGCACAAAUGUCCUUAAUCUUUGAAGAAGGCACCUUCUUCCAUCUCUCUUCCUUCUCCUCUGAAGCAAUUUCCUGAGCUGUGGUCUGUUGCUGUUGCAGAUGAAGCUCUUGCAGCUCUUCAGUGGUUAGCUCCUCCCUGUGGUCCUCCACCAACUCUUCCACAUCCUUGCCACUCUCCUCCAACCCCAUGUAAUCUUGAAGUUGCACAUAACAAAUAACAAUACGUAUUACGAAUAAUGGUUCAAGCAGUACUGUUUUAUGGAUUAGCAGAUGUUUUAAUAGACUAGAGGUCAUAAAAUAUUUGGGAGUUGCUUCAUACUGAUUAGAAGCUGUGUUGUUUAGUAUUGAAAGAUGAGAUGAUUUUUAAGCAUAGCCCUAAACUUGUGUGCAAUCAGGGGAUCUUUUACCAGUGCAGGUAGUGAAUUCCAGAUCUUUGGGCCCUUUAUGUGCAUUGCAUUUUUGCCCAGUGUGAGACUGACAUGAGGGAUGUCAAUGAGUGCUUUGUGGUUUGUAUUUUGACUGUGUUCUAUUGUAGCUGUCAAGGAGAAGUUUAAGCGGAGGGUUUAUAUUGGAGUUUAAUGCUCUGUACAUAUAGUAGGCAUAAUAAUAUGAGUGUAUCUUUUGUAUAUUUGGUAGGUUCAAGCUUUUGAAAAGUGGUGAGGUGUGUUGUCUGGCACAGGAGUUGAUCAUCUGCACAGCAGCUUUUUGUUGGUAACUAUUAAAGGUUUAAGAUAGUUAAUCGUGGUCAUUCCCCAGGCACAAAUACCAUAGGUGAGGUAGGAAUAUAUUAGAGAGUGGUAUAGGAUAAGGGGUGUCGUUUGGGGUACAUAGUACUGUAUCUGGGAAAGGAUGCCUACUGAUUUGGAGAUUAUCUUGGAUAUAUGCUGGAUGUGGGAAUGAAAUUUAAGAUUAUAGUUAAUGUGAAGACCUAAAAAUGGGGGAACCAUGUAUUGAUAUGUUAAGUUGGAUAUUUAAGGCUCUAUUUCCAAACAGCAUGAAUUAGGUUUUGUUUAUAUUGAAAGUGAGUUUGUUGGUCGUCAUCCAAGCAGAUAUUUUUUUUUGUAGCUCGAAGUUUGCAAUGUCUCUAAGUAUAGCCAGGUUUAAGGAGUUGGGAUGCAUUGAGGUGAUCAUUGGUUUAGAUCAGAAAGAUGAGUGGGCCACUCCGACAGCUACAGGCUGGGUAGUGGAGUUAACUUCAUAUGUGUAUACAUACUGGUGCCUAUUGCUAAGACUAUGCAAAUACUAUGCACUUGGUAUCUGCAGGCAUGGAAUAUCUGGAAAAACAGAAGGGACGUGCAACUUUGACCACCCCAGAAAAUGCUUGCCCAUAUGACAACAGAAAAAUGCAACCUCCCUUCCUGUAAGCUUUUUCACCCUGAAAUGAGUCACUCUUCAGUUCAGGUAAGACAGUGCUAUAACUUAUAUUGCCAGGCACACCACCUAAAGGGUACAAGAAGAUACAGAACAUCCAGGCCAUGGGAAAACCUGGAUAGCCACAGCCACUCCAGAGAGAGGUUUUUUAGCACCAGAAAGGUAGCAAGAAAUGACAGAAACUGUAUGCCAACUCCAAUCAUUCCUGGAGUGGAAUCACAGUCAAUGGCACUCCAAAACAACAGAUAUUAGUGCCUGGAAAAAAAGACCCCCCCAUCCCAUAUCACCAAUCCAGCGACAUUCAUCUUUGCAAAUAUACAGGGUCAAAAGCCAGCAAUGAAUAACAAAAUACCUUUCCUCCGUGGACUGCUUAUGGAGUCAAAUGCAAUGUUGGUGGAUUUCACAGAAGCCCACAUAAAGGAUCACUUGGACAACGAAAUAUGGAUCCCAGGUUAUAACCUAUACAGAUGUGACAGAGUGAACAGGCAAAAGUAAGGGGUUGGCCUGUGUAUCACAGAGUCACUUAUAUGCUCAGAACUACUAAAUGCCUCAAAUGAUGUAUGUAGUUGAAGUUUUAGCAGUAAAGAUCAAGAACCAAAACCUGGUCAUUGUGGUUGUAUACAAGCCUCUAGAUGCAACGUCCCAACAAUUCCAGGAAUGGCUCUUGAAAAUUGACCACUGUCUGGAAUAUCUUCCAGCUCCUGCCCCCAACAUCUUGCUCCUGGGGGAUUUCAACCUAAGGGACCAAACAUGGAGGAAUAUAGCAAAUAAUGUGGUAGCAGAAAUAACACCAGGAGGCAGCUCAGAUAAAAACUCGCACACACACGAGCUUUUAAAUCUGCACCAAAUUCACCUUAAACCAGCAAAUAAUAGAGCCUACAAGAUUGGAGAAUAUGCUGGACCUCAUCUUCACUAACAAUGAUGAUCUGAUACGAAAUGUCAUCAGAUCACAACAUAAUAGAGGUCCAGACAUGUAUGCAGGGAGCCCUAGACCGACAAAAUAUGAUCAGUCACAAGGGAGCCUUCACCAAAUUCAACUUCAAUAACAAACACAUAAGGUGGGACCAAUAAACCAAGUCCUAAAUGAUAUAAACUGGGAAGAUAGACUAAGCAACACAGAUUAACUCUGUGGCACUUGAGGUAUGCUCAGGGCAUAUUCCCUUAAGGAAAAGGAAGAGAAGAUGUAAACUAGAAAGAGAAAGGCACUCCCUAUACAGGCAAAGGCAAAGAAUAACAGAGCGGCUACAAGAGGCCAAUAUAUCUGCAAUACAUAGGGAGAAUCUUGCAAAAGUCAAGAAACACGAGAAGAACUGAAAGCCAUAAAUGAAAUUGAAAGAAA